AUGUUCGGUCGUCGCAAAAGGAGCUCCUCCCACCAUCAUCAGCCACUCUCCACACCCGCUGCUCAUUCCGCGCAAUCUGCAGCGAGCCAUGCCUUCCUGAAGUCACAACCGUCCUCCAGCAGCCUCUCCUCCGCUGCUGCGGCCGCCGCGCUACGAAAUCUCACACCAACCCCGACAAAUGUCGAAAAUGUACAAACCAAGCGAAUGGUCCAGCGACGGGCCUCGACACAAUCGCCGGCCAGCCCGAUGCAUGGCCGUCGCUCCGCGAGUGUUGGUGGUGGAACCCUCCGCAGGUCUAAUAGUUCUAGCUCGAUGACCGCCAGAACGUUUCGGGAUUCAUCGCCGAGUCGCCCGUCCACAAGCUCCGGUGCCUCUGUACCUCUGCCCGUCGAUGUCCCUCCGUUGCCGUCGCUGCCUAGCCAGUAUGCUCCGAGAACGCUUCCUCCGCGCCGUGCCGCAAGCCUCGAGCCAUCCUUGCGAUCUCCACCCGUCUCUCCGCCACGAACAAACGCACGAGGGUCAGGUGUAGAUCGGGAGAGUGCGUCGGGGUCGCCCACACAUACCCGCCUUCAAAGCUUGACAACAGUUCCAGAGCUGGAUCGCCCGAGUAGCCGAAGCUCGGUCAAUUUUUCUUAUCCAAGGGGCUCGCGACCGACCUCGCCGACUCUGCUGGAGAAUGAACCUAUAAGUCUUGGAGGGACUGCCGUCCGCGAUGUCUCAUCGGUGGAAGUGGCUAGCGCUCAGCAGGCUAUCUCUCAGAUGUCAGAGAAACCUGUCAACACGAGGUCAAAGGCACCGGCAGUGGGACGUACUGAGGCAAGCCCUGCAAACAAGUCAGCUGGACUUGCCGCUGGUACUGCUAUUGCUGCAGCUCAGGCAGUUAGCGCACCGAAGAGCAGUCCUCGGCCAGUGCCGGAUCAAGCAAGGGCUACACGGACAGACCCUGGGCCUUCGGCAGCCAGCCCGCAGAGGCAAAAGGUCGAGCAUUCGCGACCAAAUGCGACAUAUAGCUCCGACACCGAGCAUGCUUCCUCCCGAGCAGUCCCGAAUCAAUGGCCGUCUGUUGUGACCGAGCAUGAGUCCCAACCUCAGGAUGGUGUUGACGUCUCUCGCACCCAGGACGCCAGCAAUCAAUUGGCUAACAUUCCCGCACCGACUGACCACCAUGAACCGAUUACCACCCCACAAAGGACACCUCAAGUCACACCACAUGCUUCACCGAAAGCAGAGAAGCAACCAACGCCUAGACAAGAGGCCCACCUUGAACAAUCCAGCAGCCCUGGCCGAUCGGCGCGAUUUGCUAAGUGGCUUUCUGUGACCGCAGCUGGUGAGCAAGUCCACGAGCCUCCAUCAAGAUCUGUUUCUCCUGUCAAAUCGGCACUCAAGACCGUACGUGGUAAUUCAUUAUCUCCGGAGAGGGCCGCCGCUGGCCGAGUUGGACUGGCCAACAGUGAAAUGUCCGAUGGUGGCACCUCGAUUGCAUCUGACGAGGGACUCCGGGUCGGUGUCAAGAAGCGAGCUGUCAAGGUGAGCUUCGAUGACGAAGCUGAAGUUGUCGGCGUAGCAGCCAGCCCCCCCAACAUCGCCGGAGGAACUCGCAAGAAUUGGUUCAACGUGGUUAAGAAGAAGUCUCCGGGCGCCGAGUUUAUCACAAAUGAUGAUGACUUUGACGAGGUCAUGAAACCUCGACCCGCGCUUCCCUCGUUUGGCAGUGUUCGCGGGAAUCGAAAUGGAGGCCCUGCCCGACCGCCGAUCCCGGAUUUCAGUGACAAUGAAUCCACGACUUCAGAGGAUGAAGCCACUGCACCCUUCACAUCCUUCUCAAAUGACCAUGCCCUUGCAGGAGUAUUUCAUCAUGAUCGAAAAGAGCUGUCGCAACCUCGCGAUAUCAAAUCUGUGGAACGACUGUCUAUAAUUGGAUCCGCCCCAUCUCAACAGGAUGUAUCUGCGACAGACAGGGAAGAUGGUGUGGCAAUUGGCCGUUUUACUGAGCAGCAACCGCACGUCAGUACCGAUUCCCAGCUACCUGUACCUUCGAUUGCUGUGGAGCCUGCUACUCCCCCUAUUGAUGAACGCAAAAGUUUCGAUGUCCAGCGAUUAUCUCGGUCGUCUCUCGAGUAUCAAAUACCUGGUGGUUUCCCGCCAUCCAACUCGGAUCGCAGCCUAAAAUCUGCCAUUGAAGCUGAGACUGCUAAAAAUCAGCCUAUGGCAAGCGCAAUACCGAAUUUGGAUGAAGCGAAUAAGGAUUAUAGCGACAGUGUCUAUACUGAGAGUGACCAUGACAGCAUCUACAGUGAUGCCCCCGAAGACCCGGAAGACGGUGAUGGGUUCGGCUCAAUUAAUGCUAUUGUCGACAGCCGGUCAAUUCCCAGAUCAGCACCGCUGGAGCCGAUCACAGAGAGUCGCGAUACUACACCAAGGCCUACUGAACGGACUGCAGUCGUUGAAAGUGAGCCACAAAGCGCCACCAAUCAGCCAACUGAAGUCGACCGCUUCGCAACUCCAACGGAGGAGCUAGUCAGCCGCCAGUCAGAGGAAGGAUCUCCGCCAGCAUCUCCAAUGAACCUGCAAACACCUUACCCCCCUAUACCGAUCUCCUCCCAGGCCCGACCAUCAAAUGGUUCCGUUCGGACGGACAACAAACAAAAGAGGCCGAUGUCGGUAGACGCCUAUGGUGGUAGCCUGAACUCGCAAGAUCCUCGCUAUUCUAGCCAUACUAACGGUGCUGAAAAUGGUACACCUCGCCCGCUUUCUCUGGGCCCAGCCUUCCAGGCGCGAGGCCCAGGCCUUCGGCGUACAAUGUCGAGUGGCAGUGAUUCCUCUAGUAGCUUCAAGCGUGCCAACUCUUCUACUCGAAGUGACGGCCCUCAUGCGAUGCGGCGGACUAUGAGAGGCAGUGCUGCAAAUGGUCAGCCGUCAUCUCCUUCUACCAGAACAGAGUCCCCAAUCGAUCACCGGCCCCUUUCAUCUGGAUCCACUUCCGGAACUACGAUGCGAAAGACGCUCCGCGGCUCAGGCGCUGGUGGUGAGAAGUAUUCAUUCUUCUCCACGAACAAAAAGGCACCACGAGCGCGGUUUACCAAGCCAGUUCCCAAAGGGAUGCAAGGAACUCGAUUCGCAGACUCGGACGAUGAGCGUGGUCAAGAUCAACCCCAAGUCUUCCGCAGUCGUUUUGCAGAUUCCAGUGACGAAGGAGAAGAACCCAACAAUUCCAUGCGACCCGUCCGUGGGAUCCCACGUCGCCGAGGUACAAAUGAUGGCGAUUCAACCGAGCUGGAGGACAGCUCGGAAGGAGAGCGUCACCAAAAGGCCCCCCCAGGCGGGCCCAUCCCGCCACGCUCUCGCGAUCGAAAUGUUGCUUCGCCAAAUAUGUCUGGUAUGGCCGCCGUGGCCCGCCAGCGCGGCAUGACACAGCGAGAGCUAGAGGAAUUCAUCAUGCAACCUCCGCAGAGUCGCAAACCAUCCAUCCUCGCCCGACUCGGCCUGAAAAAGGGCAAAAACACGAACAACCGCAUUAGCAAGGUGGAUGCUGAAAGCCCAUCCCGAAGAGAUACGCCCCUCGAGCGGUCGCGGCUGGAACGCGACCAGCUGCGAGAAGAGCCAUACACCAAUGGAAUUCAGACGGGCAAUCAUACAACUGUGACCGCAGCGGCAUCUGAGCCCCCAUCUUCGCCUAAAUUGAUGAGGAGGCUCACCAAACGGAACACUGUUGGAGGUGGUCAGCAAUGGCCACUUCGCGCCGAAUCCCAGCCACGAACGCAUACCCCCGAGCCAGUCGUCGAGCCAAGUCACAGUCUCCCAUCAUCGCCUUUGCGAACGCAAAAAAUAGAGCCAGUGGUCGAAUCGGCAGGACGAAACGGAAGUAUUACUGUCAAUGGCGGCAAUGCUCCGGCGACAACGUCCAUUCUUAAGGAACCCGAAGCACCCGCAGUCGCAAUCGCAGCCGCAGCCGGUCCAGAUAUCAACGACGCUGCCUCCGAUAUCACGAGCACGACAAAUCCCGAGGACCAGGGUGCUACAGUCCGGGACGUGGUGAUUGUCGGCCCGGGACGAAAGAAGCGAUUCCCGAUGCUUCGCAAGGCGUUUGGGCUACGAAAGUGA